AUGAAAAGUAGAAAACAGGAUCUUCUUCCAACACACCCUCAACCCACCAAAUUGGAAUUUGAAAUACGGGUGGCAAUCAGGAUCCGUCCCGUGAUAUUUACGCCUGUUCAUAUCUAUCUAUCUAUCUAUCUAUCUCAGCCUGUUCAUAUCUAUCUAUCUAUCUAUCUAUCUCAGCCUGUUCAUAUCUAUCUAUCUAUCUAUCUAUCUAUCUAUCUAUCUAUCUAUCUAUCUAUCUAUCUCAGUAUGUUCAUAUCUAUCUCAGACUGUUUAUUAUGUAUGUAUGUAUGUAUCUAUCUAUCUAUCUAUCUCAGUCUCAGCUUAUCUAUCUUAGUUGGUUCAUAUCUAUCUCAUCAAUUUCUAUCUAUCUAUCUAUCUAUCUAUCUAUCUGCCUGUGUGACGUCUUCGCCGCGGCAAGUUGUUGGCGUAGUCCUUGAGUAUGCCAAUAUCUCUCACCCUUUUGCUCUCCGAGUUACCGAUAGCGAUUUUCAUAUUGCGGACGCCACAAACCCAUCUGGUCUCUGCCUCCCUACAGCUGGCCGGCUUCCUUCACAUCUGACGUCUAAGCCGCUUCUGUCUACCCGCAGCCGGCUGUUUUCCUUCGCAGCAAAUGUUUUGGUACCUGCUGUUGUUCUCCUCUGA